GUCAUGGCCUCGGUCAGGGAAGAGUUCCAAAAAGCGUAUGAGAAUCGCGAAAAGCCGGCCGAGGCAGUGCUGCAUAAAGCGUUGAGCUGGCUGCGGGAAAAAGUCGCUUUUAAGGUUUUCGCAGAGCGUCUCGAGAAGAUGGCUUCCGAGAAUGCCGCAGAUAUCCAGCCCCAGGAGUAUCUCGAUGCACUCGUCACUCUUAACAAUGUCGUCGAUUAUGAGCUCUCGUCUACUAUGCAUCAUGAGAAAGUGCGUCUUUGCUGAGAAUCGCGCUUAACGCGUUCACGAGCACUGCGAACUUUUUUGAUGUGGUGCGAACUCUUUUUCUACCGUGUGGGAAGUGUCGGGCAACGGCAAACUCAAAAGAGCCAUUUUUUUCUUCGGCUCUCUCGUUUAUCUUCUUACAUGGUCCGAAAAGGGUCUAAGUCUUCCAUGAUUAAGAUAAAGAUUAUGAUUAGCAGUGUGACAUUUUGCAGACCACUACGAGGAGAAAAAAACAUCCGCAGUAUCAGUAGAGAAAUGAAAUAAUAGAUGCAAACUCUAGGUGCGAGACGAUGACUACCCCUAAAUCAAGAUCAUGUUCGAGUGGACAAAGACCAAGCAGCAUCUAGUACGAACGAUUAAUUUCGAAAUAUUCUGGGAAGAGGACAAAAUAAUAACACGCGAAGAAAAGAAAACCGUCCAGCUCUAUUUCGCCACGCUUCUAGAUUCUGCGAUGUUGAUACCUGGGAUCAUCCGCGACUCCGGUGCGGUUCAGAAAGCGGUUAGUGUUAGAGAUAGGCUGAGGAGUAUCCUCGUGCAGUAUGCAGGAACUUACGAGGAUCGCGCCCGUGUGUUCGCCAAGGCAUACAGUGAUUUUAACGACGGAAAGCACAUAGAGAAGCAGCUUGAAUAUAACGGCGCAAAAGCGGUAAGCCAAUACAACUUGCUAGGAAAGAACAUAGGAGCAAAGCUCGAUGCUGCAAUUGAGGCAGCUCCAAAGACGACGCCUCCAGACACAAUCGUGGCCCAGGUCAAAGAACAGUGUAUGGGAUUGACUUUCCGAAAGUAGAGAACCCUCCCACUCAGGAUCUCUUGUAUGUUUGUACCCAAAAGAGAUAGAAAAACUCACAAAAGUUGAAAUCUUCAGAAUCAAUGUCGUGGAAAAGAGGACAUGCUUUUUUUUCUCUCUUCUUCAUGAAAAUCAAAGCGAUGUGGGCCGCGGUGAGCCCGUCCGCGGAACAGCGAGACACCCCCGAAGUUACGGCUUCCGCGAUAGUCCAUCUCCAUAGGGGUCCCUCAAGCGCAUACAACCGAAUUCAACGGAAAUGCUAGGGCGAGCGCUUGAGGGAUCUCCACAGAGAGGACCGGCCCGGGUGAGCUCUAAGUCUAACGCCGCCACUGUCAAAGAAGUUGUUCACUUACGGCUCGCCUCGGUCUCUGAAUUCAAUCCUGUAAGGGCCAUUUGUUUCCACAUAGAGUCUCCAUAUGAGUCGCUUACUCUCCCACCUCUACUGAACCGAAGCUUCAUAUUGAAAGGUUCCUCUAGCAUGAUAGAUGUAUGGUCCGAUACAACUACUACAAGAAUAUUUGGAGUAUACUAAGUUUCAAUGUGAGCAGCUUCGUGGUCUCUUUUUACUCAGUGCAGCUCCGCCUCUAAUGUACGAAGUGCUGGCUUGGGCGGGACAGGAUUCGGUGCUAGGGCCCGUUCCUCAAGGUCGAUUCCGGAACCGUGUAAUUUUUCUGCAAGGCCGGGUAGACGCUGAACACACCGAGUACAGCCAGGAGUACUCGGAUCUCAUAGACAUUCUGCACAUCGUCGUUCAUUAUGGGUCUUUCUCUUUGCUAUCUGGAUUGUAAACAUGGCUGCUUAGAAGUAAAAAGUACUCUAUUGGAACAAAUAUUUAUAAGAGAAAAACCACUUUGUAAACGUAAAGAAUAUUUUUUGGAACCAGCAGGAGCAGCCAGGAUGCAGGUGAUGUAACUAAAAUAAAGUACAAAAAUUACCAAAAGUAUCUCUACAGAUCGACGAGUACUACUCAUUUAUUAAAAAGAGACUGCGUCUACUUGUUGUGUUGAAGAGGAAAGGCAGGAGCAAUUAAUACAGCACAACGGAAAUGAACCUUUUCUAAGAGAAGAUGAUACUUGGAUGCACGACCGGAACGUUGCUGGGCUGUCCAAAUCUGGAGGGAGAGGACUGGAAGAGGCUCGUGGUUAAGGGCUCAAAGUUGGUCUCUCUAUGAGCAUAUCUAUGACCUCUUCACUUUCAAGGAGGAAGAGGAGAGACAUUCAUGCUAGGUAGGGAUAGAUAUUCAGCUAGAUAGGUCAACAACUUGCAACCCCUAACUUGAAAUAUAUGAAACUCCUUAUGGGUGCUGCACGGGUUCACGCAGAGAACUCUCAACGAGGGAUCAUCAGGUCUACGACCAACCUUGCGCAAGUAAGCAGUGUGAUCUAUUUGCUUGAAACAGCCACAGCGUCAAGCGAUGCGAGCGUCAAUGGAGCGUCCGAGGUUAAGGGUUCUGAUCGUAAUUCCGCUUAAAAAGCAUCUUCUUUAGUCUUCUUUUCUUUAAGGGAAAGAAAUCACUUCAAUGGUGCUACUCACGAUGCUUUUUAAAUGAUGCUACUCACGAUGAAUUACGGUGGCUUCUAAGGAUGAAGUCAAGAAGCUGGAACAGAAAAAGCUUGCUGCGCUUUUCGACGUGACAGAGAGCGCUGAGCUACUGGUCCCCAGCUCAUUUUAUAGGAGAAACACCAUAGCGGAGAGUCUCCAAGAUCUUAGGCGUAUACUUGAUAGGGAGAGGGGAAAGGGUAUACACGCAGAGAGUAGAAAACUGGCGCAGAAGGUCAAGUCGAAUUGUAUGAAGUGAGCAGAUUCCCCAUUUUCCUAAUUCUACUUAUUUGUGUGUGGUCUUGUAGUUGUAGUUCUACAUCUUCUUCAUGAGCAAGGGGGUUAUUAGUUCUAUGUCGAUAUUCUUAUCGCAGGUUGAAGGGAGACGGCAUUCAAGAAAUGCCUCACUCCUGAUAUCUAGAUCUCCGAAUCACUGCGAACGUACAUAUUAAUUUCAUUUUGGAAGGUAAGUGCUUGUACCAAAGUAGACGGUCGGUAAGGGUAUUGGGGUUGUGUCAUUCGACAAUAACGAGAGCAAGAAUCUUUAGACUGCGAACACAGUACAAAGACCCCUCACGACAAUUGCACUUUCGACGAGUCAUGCAUUUUUUUUGUGUAUCUCUUGCUUCGUGAAAACAAGCAGCACGUCCCUCUUCACCCUCUCUCUUUCAUCAAUGUCGAAAGCUUGCGCGACGUGUGCGUGAAUGUCAACAGCGCGGUGAAGGAAAUCGGCGGCUGGGAUAAUAAAAGUCCCUGGAGUAUUCAGAAGGUCCUCGACGGCCACGUCGCAAUCAAAGGACAGUUAUGUCUACACAAGAGUAUUCAUGAUUUCCGCUGAAAGUAACUACGUUACUCAAAGUCAUGGCAGAACUUCUCUUCUCUGAAAGGAAGGCUGCACCUGUUUUCCGUGGAAUUGAUAUUCUAUUUAAUAUUUGAGAAUCGAGGAUGAAUUUGGAAAAGCAACCACGCAGAGCUCCUCUAACCAUAUAUACAGAGGCGAGCGCGAUGUUGAGCUUGGGAAACGGCGUGGAAAAUAUAGCUAAUCAAGACAAAUUUUUCAAGCGCCUCAAAGAAUUGAGUGGGCUUUCUCGUGACGAAGCAAAAAAGCACGGCUUGGAGUAUCUCGAUCUUACACGUGCUCUGCACAUUCUAGUUGAUUAUGGGUUUUCAGUAAUAAUGGCAUCGUGUUGCGGUUGAGGACAGAAGUAAGUCCUAUGCUUCUUCUCGUCUUUGAGCAGAACUUUGGUCCUCUCUCUUUCUCAUUCUCUCUCUCUUCAAAUCAAUCACAUUGCAUAUUAUGGAUAUUUGAGUGCAACUACAAAUUCGUAUUCGAUGUGGUGCAGACUUCUAAUGAAAGCUGAUCGACGAAUGCACGCCGAUGAUGAAGCGGAUUCAAGACGAAUCAUCGUGGCACCCAAGGGACUCGAAUUUACAAGCGUUAGCAUUUCCGUGGGAGAGUGUGAAGAGGUACUACGAUAAGCUAAUGAGCGCCGCACUGGAGCCAAUACCCGCUACAGGGCUGAUAAGGCCAGAGCCGACGGUUGAGCUCGCGAAAGCACGCGAGGACCUGCAAGGUGCCGUUUGGAAGCGCUUCGAGUUGUACUUUGACGAGGAAAAACAGCCAGACAAAAUAAUCAAGACCAAAUUCGCCGAGUCGGAUGCAAGAACGAAAGAGCCACAGGUCGAUGCGUACGGAAACGUAGAAACCUUAUCGAUUCCGAAUCGGGAACUCUCAGUGAACAGACUACCGUUGAUAUACACAGCACUAGGCAAGGCCAUAGACGCAGGAAUUGUCGCAUAUGUCAAAGACAAAUUUAUGAAAGCAGUCCUGGAGGCGUUCGUUCCUCUGUGCAUCACAGAACCGAUCGCGGAGAUCGAAGUACUGUACUGCGGAGAUCGAAUCUAUAUCCAAGUCUUGAAUAUUGAAACUACUGCGAAUCACUAGGAUGAUUUACGUGGAGCAUCUUAUCUUUUAAGUAGGAAGUCCCUUCUAUGGGGUAUAAGAAGCUCCUGUCGCGGGAAGCCCCUCUGGGGUCUGUCACCCUAUGCAUAGGAAGGGCUACAAUAGUGGAAGUCUCUCCCACUGCAGCUGCAUUUCCCAACAGGGUGUAGGGCUUAGGGUUGACUUAGUGUGGUUUCAGCAGAGAUUUACAAUAAUCUAAACGCACCUUUCCUUUGCGGUUGUUUCUGUUUCCAGGCAGGAUCUUCCCAGUAUUUGUAUUGAUCUGAAGUAUGUAUAGACGUGGGGACAUGAAUAUUUCCACCUUUUGAUUGCAGAUAAGACGGCGCACACCCCCUUACUUUUAUUGCUGUUGCUAUUCUCGUCUCUCCUUCAUCAAUAUCCAAGGGGCUUAUGCACAUCUAUUCAACCGCGGAAACGAGGAUGCAAAUGCUUUAUGGCUCUCCGAAAUUCCUAAAUUUAGCAUACUUAUCCGUACAACGACAAGAACCUACUCACUUCAACAACAUCUACAAAAAAUGGACUCUUUUUUCACUCGUACAAAAAUGGACUCGUAAUUCUGGAAAAAUGAACUUUAUUCAGUAGACAAUGAAUCAGAUGAAUAUUCAACAGCAUGCACGAGGUCUAAAGAGAUGGAACGACCUGCAUCGGGAAGAUGUCCAGACAGCCUUUCAAGUUCGUCUCGGUGAAUUGCGCAAGUUCUCCUACGCAGAAGCAAAAGCGCACAGGCAGGAGUAUUCCGACCUCUUACAGGUUCUGCUUCUCAGCGUCGAUUAUGGAUCUGUUGUGCUUGCAUCUCGAGAAAGCGCAUCUUUUGAAUUUUCCUCAGCUGUAUUACUUGAAAAUUGAAGGUGCUACAUCAACAUUUAGGGAUCGAUUGCCCCAUAAUAUGACUACAAACUUAUAUAUUAAGUAAUUUCUUGAGUUUGAUUUUUUUAGAGAAGCGACGAAGGUAGAGAUGCGAACUGCAGACCCCUAAUGAAGACUGAUACGGAAAUGCGGGUCUUCCGUAAAAGACGACGAGGCUACGGAAUGUGGCCAGGCGGUCCUCGGCAAAGAAAAAGGUGCGCAAGGGGCGAUCAUGCCGUACUACCGAUGGAUCAUAGAAGCGGCAGUGUCAAAUCCAGUCGCAGGAAUCCUGAAGCCCACUGUCAAUGUGCCAAAUUCACCAAGCUAUCGGUACGCACAAGAGGUGGCAGAGGGCUUGGAUAGCGUUAGUCAACCGGAGACGAUGAUACUACUGGUUGGACACCAUAAUCACAAAGAAAAAGCAGGAGGAGGACACACUGGACAGGCAAGAAACACAUUAAGCGACCUUUUCAAAAAGCAAGAGCUUGGCCGCGGAGAGUUGCAGCGUGAUUUCUUAAGACAACCAGGAGAGCAUCCUCGGCAGCAUCCUAGAAUAUUUUCCAAAUGCGAAAAGACGCCAUGAAUGCUGCCAGUGAUCAUGACGCACUAGCUCUAAUACUCCAAGAAACGAAAGACGCACUAAGAAAGGCCAUUCAGGCUGAUGGAGGGAUUGUUGCACAGACCAGGUCAAAUUGUAAGAAGGAGGCCUAAGGUGAAUUAGACUAAGUCGUCCCUCGACAGGUGUUCCACACCACAUCAACGAAAAGUCGAACGACUUGACAGAUGCGCUUUUUCGGUUUACAAGAAUUAGAAUUAACUCAGAUUUUGAUUUUCCAAAUGAUCUUUAGUGUGUGCUGAGCGCUCUACUAGCAUCUUUAUUUUCAUACCAGAGGACACAGGCUUUUGCGAAUUGGAUUUUUCUUUGUUUAUUCAAUAGAGAGUCUCCCCGUUAGUAUAACAUAGAUCAUUAUCCUGAGGCGUCCUCACAAUAUAUGACAUGACAAUAAACGCUGCAUCUGUCGAGUUGAGGACUCUUUCAUUCAUUCAAAAAAAAAGAGCGAAAAUUAUGCUGUUCAUAGAAUAGUUUCUUCCCGGCUGGUCACCGGCGCCCAGUGGGGCAACGCUACCGCGCGAAAAGUCGACAGAUGACCUGCGCACCUCGACGCCCUCGGUCGAGGUCCGGGGCUUGGCUCUUGGUUCUGCGUUUUACGAAUGGAGCCCGGUUGGCUACCGGGGCCCGGCAGGGCAUCUACUCGCGCGCCCCAGCGCACCCCGCCGGCUGGCGACUAUUGGGGGUCGCAUCUGUGACUUUGGAAUCAGUCCAAUCGUGGCGCGGGUGGUUGUGCUUGUUUCUUGCCUGCGGUUCCACUGGCGUGCUGCGGUGAUCUUGCGGGACUGUCGGUUGCGGUCGGUGAUGCGUUGGCCCUUCGAAAAUAGCAGCCAGCGGCACCGGGCCCGCAGGGGUGCCGCCGCUCCCUUCUCGUGCAUGUGGUGCAGGCUUGUUGCCAUCGUUGCGCUACUUUACGUCCCUGACUACGAUGCAGCUUGCCCAUGCGCUUGCCUUGGCGUGGUGUGCCGGCUUUCGACUGAAUGCCCCUGACGGUGCUGCGCUUGUUGCCUUUACCGCUGCGCUUGCUUCUCUUUCUUCAGUGUUGGCCAGGGCCCUCCUUCAUGCUCGUGGCCCUUGUUUCACUAUGGCGGCACUGGCAAACGCACCCGGGCCGUGGCGCUUUUUGUUAGGGCUCUCCCGCUUUUGCCUAACGCGUCGCUGUGCUUCAGGUUCCGCCUGUAGGCCGCCUGUAGGUCUGUGGGUAGCAGUCUGUCUACCCUUCUCCGAAGAAUAAUAACCGAGUGGUAUCUUAAUGCUGCGACCUAGCGUACAACAACUCAUCGCCGGGCCAUCUUUACUGUUGUAUCAAGGACAGGCUGGACACUGAUCCUUUUAUCUGUCAAAGUGAUGUGCCAUCAUUGAUUUCUUGUUUGUAAAGAGUGCCUCCUCGUUAGUUCGAUCCUAUGAAUGUACCUGUCUGAAAUGCACACGAAUGGGUACGAUUCGGCCAAGUAUGUAAUAACAAUGGCACUUCGAAAUAAUAUACUGACGGAAGUGUAUGUAAUUAUAAAUAUAUAUCAUCUCCACUAUUGUCUUCCUCUUGCUUUCAUCAAUGUCGAAGCGUUGGAGUUCGUACUAUCCGCUGCUCCGGCGAAGAACGAGCGUGUGUAUUUAAGGCCGCUGAAGAUUCAAUUACACAGAUGAUAAGUUUGUUUCGUAGUGAACGGGCGCUGUUAUUUCGCAUAGCGUAGAAAAGAUGAAAUUCAGCCGCAAAGAAGAUGAAUUUUGGAAAUGCAAAAUGAACUACUUAAAACUAUGAUGUGUUCCUUCUCCUCUAACGUGCGGCUUAUUGAAUUGGGCAACCGCAAAAGGGAACGAGUUUUCCAAUCGCCUCAAGGUAUUGCAAGGCCCUUCUGACGCCGGCGGAAACAAUCACGGGGACGAAUACCGGGACUGCGUGGGGCUUUUGCGAACCCUCAUCCUUUAUGGAAUUCUGCUAAGGAAUAUAGGACGAGAGUCGUUUGCGAAAGCGUCUGUCGAAUUAGAUCUAAUCCCGCUCCUCCUGUUCUUUAUCUCUUAGUUCUCUCAGGUAGAAGAGCUAGAAUUAGGACGUACAACUACAACUUUAGGACUUUUCAUUCCUCUACCAGAAUUACAAUGUUCUCUCAGGCACUUAGACUUAACUCACGCUUGCCGCGACGUUAUUUUGAUUUUAUUCUAUCUUUUGAUUGCGGGGAAGAAGAUCACAUGCAGUUGCUUGUUGUAGACACUUAUAGUUUUGACUUACAGGAGAUGAAAAUGCAGGGAAGCGGGCCUACUUCUAAUGCUUAAUCAUACAUGGUUGUGAUGGCGCGAACUCUGUGGUCCGUUUGUCGGAAACGGUCGAGGCUUACUACACUAUGCUCAUGAAUGCUGCGCUGUUUUGGAACUUUGACCCAGGCGAGAAAGGGAUCAUCAGGCCCUCCUCCAUCGAGGAAGCACGUAGGGUACACGGCCUCGUUGCAACUGAUGAACAGAAUUGGGGCCUCAUUUCAAAAUGCCGACAGACGGUGCUUUACAACAACAAGGGUAUUACGAUCUGGCAGACGAAUGGAGUUUCAAAACCACGGACUUCAUCCGACCCGAAAAAAUCACAACGGGCCACCGAUAUCAAAUCGGAACUAAAUAACCGAAUAGGCCAGGCAGAACGGUUGGGCCUUACAAAGGCGCACCCCCAGGGCAGCCAGCGCAGAUGGCUUUGAAUCCCGGCGCCGAGCAUAGUAGGCACUGAUUGUGCUGUAGUGUCGAAUAGUCAAAGAAGAGCAGAGUUCUUAUCGAAGAGGAGGAUGCUAAGAGACUUUCUCUUGUUCACUAGCAUUUCAAUUUUUCGGUUUUGAAUAGUUGGAGGUGGUAUAUAUAUUAUAUAUAAGGUUAUGAGCGUACAGUUGGAUUUUCGAUGAGCAGUCUCUUCAAGAUGUUGUUAAUGAUCAUAACCUUAAUACUUUGGAAAAAACAUAUUUAUGAGAACGUAUGAGUACCAGUGCCUGCUAGUGAUGUUGGACAAUUCUCGUAUUUCUGCUGUUUCCUUCUUGGGAAUUUGAAGAAAUGAACCGAAGAAAUGAAUUGCUUGGAGCUCUAAGAUUGUAUAAAGAGCCUUGGUGGAAAAUUAUCAAAAAUGAAGCCAGGAGGUGGAGGAAAUGAACCAAGAAAACAGUUAAAGUUAUCGUUAUGGUCAGAAGAUUUUCUCAUCUCGUGUCAUCUCACCAUCUCGGUACCUACCUUUCUGCUUCAGUACCUACCUUUCUGCUCCAUGAAACUUUGAGUUAAUAGCAGCACCAAGACCAACAGGACAAGACGAGGCACCGAGAUGAUUAUCGGGUCGUCCUCGAGAUGAGUUCAAGGAACCUACUCUAACUUGAACGCAUUUAUCAGAAAGUAAGUUGCGAGGCCAAGGAUGAGCGCAGCAGUUACCUCCAGAUACGACUUCUUCAUCCAGUAAUAAGGUCUAUCAACAACUAAACCCACCACGACGAUUCCCUUCCACAACGUAAGAAUUAUACCGAUGAUUUCUUUGUCUUUGUCACACAGAAAAAAAAGUUGUAAAAGAAGAAUAUGAAUUUUUUUGUACUCAUGUCGUUCUUCAUGAUGUAUGACGUCAUCUUCGAUGACCAAAGCUGCAAGAAGAAGAGAGUUUCUAAAUGUUGUUCCAGUAUUAUCUUCGUUCCCGUUGUAAGUAACUAGGGAAGUUGCUCCUCUGGACCCCACGUGGCAAAUAUAGUGGGCUAGGAAGUUCCUCCUUACUGCAACAAGAUUUUUUUAGCUUCCUUGACUAUUUUGAAAACGAG